CUUAGAGUAGAAGGCAGUGUAGCUCUCUUCCUUCCUCUGCAGGGACUCUCUCUUUCUCUUUGGCCAGGAAAUAGAGGCAAUGAAGGUUUAAGACCUGAGACAGCGCUUUGUUCUGGGAGAAUUUGUGUGCUUCAAAUGGAGCUAGCAGUUGGAGGGUUAACCUCCCAAGUGAACAAGGUCCCCCUGUUGCAUUUGAUAUAGAGCAACUGAGGUGUUUCACCCUGAAAUAAGCCUUGGAGACAUAGCAAAUGACAAAUCCCUGCCAUUAAGAGACUGAUUCCUUUGAAAUGGCCAAGCACCAUGUCAUCCCAGAAGAUUCAGAAUUAAAAUUUUAGACAUGAAGAAAAUAUUGGUAGUGGAACCUGUUAUUUUCAUCUACACGCUUGCAUAUUCUCUGAGCUCACCCUUGGCACAACAGUAUUUGUACAGGAGGCUCUGGGAAGAGAGCACCAACUCUACUUUCACAGAUGGUGACAACAUUUCCCAUUGUGGAGUGAACCAAAGUGAUCCAAUUUACUUGAAGCAAAAGGAAAUCCAAGAAAAUGCUUCUCUUUUGGCCAUGAAAAUGGGGUUAAGUGGGGCUGUUCCUAGCAUUUUGAUGGCUUUUGUCCUAGUAGCUAAUGGGGAACGCUGUGGACGCAAAAUAUCCUUGUUUCUGCCUUUGGUGGGGAAUCUCAUUUACAACAUCUUCUACAGCAUUAUGUCAUCUUACUCUCUGCCUCUUGUUCUACUAUAUCCGCUGACCUUCCUGGAUGGUUUGUUUGGAAGCAUGGCAACCUUUCUUGGAGGUGCAUUUUCCUAUACAGUUGAUCUCUGUAAGACUCAGAAGCAAAAGAUGAUCCGAAUAGCUGUCGUUGACUUAAUCUUUGGACUUACAUCAGGACUAGGAGGAUUGACCUCAGGCUACAUUUUAAAAGGAAUUGGUUUUACUUGGACAUUUGCAGCACUUUCACUUCUUCAGGUGGUAAACAUUCUCUAUGUUUCAUGUUGCUUGGGUGAUACAAUACAAGUACCAGAGUACCACCCACAGUCUCUGAAAGAAGGCCUUAAAGAAACCUUUUCCGGAGUAUACAUGCUCUUUAAAUCUUCUCCAUGCAAGAAGCGAAUUUCCAUCAUAUUGUUGCUUUGUACAUUCAUGACUUAUUUGUUCACAAUGUUUGGUGGGACUUCUCUUUAUACACUCUAUGAACUGAACUCUCCACUCUGCUGGAAUGCAAUCUACAUUGGAUACGGCUCAGCAGUAUCCACUUUAUUCUCUCUGACUGGUUUUCUAGGACUAGUUUUAAUUGCUCGGUACCUGAAAGAUAUUUAUAUCGUUUAUAGUGGAAUACUUUCAUACGUUGUUGGAACAGUCUUGGCUGCUUUUGCCACAACAACAUUGUUGAUGUUUUUAGUCAGAGUGCCGUCGAUGCUACUUUUUGUACCCAUUCCAGUUCUUCGAUCCAUGUUGUCCAAAAUAGUUCUUCCUCAAGAGCAAGGAUCCAUAUUUGCUUGCAUUGCCUGCUUAGAAAUCUUGACGGGGAUGAGUGCAAUUAUUGUUUUUAAUUCUCUCUACGCAAAAACUGUAGCUUGGUUUCCAGGCUUUAGUUUCCUUUUUUCAGGUGUUUUUUGUAUAGUGCCACUGAGCUUUCUGAGCUGUCUUAUGUUUACUAGCUGGCGUGAAGAGGACCUUGUGCAACUUGUAAAUGAAGAAGACUCUCUUGAGGAGAAUGCUGACAGCUGAAUAGAGAAUUCACAUUAUGGCUGUCCUCCUCUUCCUUGGAAUGGCUUACCUUGUUAAUUGUAGUGCCACAGCUAAAGUGGAGUGUGGUGUCUCCAUUGCUAGAUCUCUACAAGAAUCAACUUGCCUGGGUUUGGGGCAGUCCCAGAUUGCCUAUAUAGGAUGCUUGCAAAAGAAGAGUAAAGAGUCACAAAACCUUCUAUAUUGUGCUUUCCUGGGUAUAGUAGGAAGUUACCAGUGCCACACAGCAGUGAUGUUAAGCUUGGAAUCGGAUCCCAACUGUAUUGUUGCAGCAGCACAUAGAGUAAUCAUCACAGACAGUAAUCAUUAAUGUUGGGUUGUAAUAUAUCUGGAACAUACAAAUGAUUGAAAAGACAAAGAAAGUAACAAAUCUAAAAGAACUUUGGAAAGACGAUACCCCCCCCCUUCUUUGUUUCACAGAACUGAUAGUGUCUCUAAGUCUUUCUGUUUGAAACUAGAAUAAUGGAAGCCUGUAUAUUAACAACUGAAAAUGCAGUGGUGUGAUGGAUUUAUCUCAUUUUAUAAGAAGGGAAAAUACACUUUUUUGUAAAAUAAGUGGUUUUUUU